UGGCAGGACAUUCAGUUCGAAAACUAUCUAGAUGAGUGCCUCAUUUUAAGCUAUUAUGGAUUUAUGUCUAAAGGGCUCGCAGAUAAACCUCGCCACACGACAGAAAACGAAGCCCAAGUACACCAGUCGUUCGCUGACGACACUCCACAGUCCGUGUCCCCAUUUCCGGCCCCGUUCGGCCAACUUCCUGCAGCAGCGCAGUCGCUCCUCGCCUUUCCUGGGACGACCUCAGUCCGCGGACCCCAAGUUCGGUCGUCGACUGAGCAACUACUUCAGCGACAAGGAGCUGCGGCACAGCGGCAAGCGACAAGUUUCCUCCAACGACCUGCUGAAAUCCCUUUUAGAAGAACCCAUCAAGCGCAGUUGGCUGUGUCGCAGUAACUGCAACUCCUCGGAGUCGGAUUACUCGCUCCACAAACGCACCCCCGACAGCAGCGAGGAGGGGGAGCAGUUCCUGGUCACCAUGUCAGGUGGUGACAAGGGUAAACCCUACUCCGCCUACGCCGCCACCCAGGGGCUCAGUAAUGGAGCACUGCUGCAGCGCACUGCCAAGCCAGAUCUUCCGGGAAGGGUGUCCUUCAGCAAGCCAAAUAUGCACGCAGAUCUGGACUCCAGUGAUUGUGACAAUGACAAGCAGGAGGUGCGUUCUAGUAUCUCCGCGCCGGGGCCUUUAACCCUUCCCAGUUUCCUGAGCAAAGUGGAGCAGGCGGAUCCGACUGGCCAGAAGAAAUCCGUCCACUUUGGCUCCACUGCCGCCGAGGGAGAGGUUCUUGCGGAGACCUACGAGUAUCCCAAGUGUCCCUCGGAGAACUGCACUUGCAGCACGCGAUCUUCUUCCACAACAAGUACCAAUGAGGCCUCUUCAGCGGAGGUUAAGUGUGCCUGCGAUGCGCCCAGCUGUCGCUUUGUGGAGUCCACCCAACUGAUGGAACCAACUAUGGAUCCAGCCCCCACUCUCCCCAAGGCUCCCACACCAGAACUUAAUGUUAUCAGGGAGUACAAACAGGCAGUGGGAGGGGUUCAAGUGGUAAAGAAUCAUUUGGGUACAGAAACCCUGAACAACAUUGAGUUACUUCCCAGCUAUUUGGACAAGUAUGCCUCUCCCUCGAAGGAGAAGCAGAACAAUCUGUCCGAGACCAAGAACCUGGCCACCAGCACUUCCUCCACCAACAACAGUCCCUCGUCCUACAGAUCAACUUCCAACCCAAGGAACUUUGGGGCCGAGAACAACUUUUUGCCAGCGGUGCAGGAUGAUAGGAGGUCCUUUGGCAAUGGUAGCUCCGACUCCGUCAUUAACAACUACCUCAAGGUGGCCUCGACGCCUCCAUUUGUGGGCAAGAAAAAGGAGAACGUAAAGCCCGCCAGUGCGGAUCCCAUAGCGAGGAGCAGCAAAUCCAAGGGAACCAAGAUUACAGGCAAUCCAGGAACAGCUCCUUUGGGAAAACUCAAGAAGGCCAUCAGUGUGGGCAGCCUGCGAGAGGAGCGAAAGCUCUCCGAGUACAAUCUGGAUAAGGUGGACAGUUGGAUGAGCAUGCAAGAUCAGAAGCAGUUCGAUCACAAGCACAAACAGGGAUUGGAUGAUCUGGACGAGGGGCAGGAUAAUGAUACCGCCUCCCAAUUAUCCUUGAAGUCGAAUGAGGACUCGAGGGAUUCUACCUACGAUGAGAUAGUGUCCGUCAUCAAGGAAAUUGAAGAGGACAAGAAAAGGGAUAACUUUUCCGAGCGUAUUCCCAGUGAACUGAACUUGAAACUGGAUUCCCGAUGCGAAACCGCCGAAACAGUGACUCUAAGCGAAGGAACAGUUCCCGAAAGCGGAGAUAAGUACAAGGACAUCUUGGCCUAUCUGAACAACGUGGAGAGCAGCUGCGACAAGACGUUGAUGGAAACACGUCGCUCCAUGCCGGACAGCAAUCGAUCGGAGGUGGAAUUCGUGGUGGAGCCGGAUAUCACUGAUGAGGUGCCCAAGCUGUCUGAGCUGCUGAUGCUGCCCAACCACCAGUUGGCCAGGAGGGUCAUUGCCCUCAGCCUGAGAGCCAAUGAGUUGGCCAAUGCCAUCCACAUGUCCAAGGAGCACGUCUUCCAGCUGCGCGGCGAGAAGCAGAAGAGCCUGCGGGCCGAAAAGUCCACUGCGGCCGCCAAACUGCGUGAUCAGAAGAAGCACUACGAGGAGGUGGUGACCCGGCACCAGGGAUUCAUCGAGCAGCUGCUCAAGGACAAGGGCUCCCUCUGCGAGAAGGUGGCGGCUCUCACCCGUCGCCUGGAGAGCCAGAACCAAGCCUGGGAGCACCGACUGGAAACGGAGCUGACCAGGACCAAGGAGACCACCAUGGCGGGGGAAAAGAUCCGGCGAGAGCGUUGGGUGCGAGAGAACACCAAGAAGAUCAAGGAACUCACGGUGAAAGGCCUGGAGGCGGAGAUCAACAAGAUGAACUGUGACCACCAGCGCGAAGUGACCGAGCUGAAGCGCUCCCAUCAGUUGCAGUUGCUCGACGCUCUGGAGGAGGCGCGCACGAAGCACGAGCAGAUCGAGACGAGCAUCCGCGAGAGCUGUGCCCAGGAUCGGGAGGCCAUCAUCGAGAAGGAGCGGACGGCCAUUCGGGAGCGAUUCGAGCGCCAGCUGGAGGAGGAGCAAAGGACGCAGGCGGAGCAGCGCCAGAAACUGAACGAGGAGUUCGCCGGGGAAAGGGAGCGCCUGCAGACGGAACUCCGGCAGCGGGAGAAUGAGCACCAGGCCAGGAGACACGAGGCACUGCGGGAACAGGAGCAGGAGCUGGAGCAGGCCAAGUUCGAGAUGCAGGAGCGCAUGGCCAAGCAGGAGGAGAAGUACCAGAACCGCAUCAACACCAUCGAGCAGCAGUACCAGGCGGACUUCGAGCUCUGGAAGACGGAGCACGAGAACAAGGCCAAGUUGGCCCAGGCGGAGAAGGAGAACUCCAUAAGGCAGCACUACCGGGCGGAGAGGGAUCGCCAGCUGGAUGAGCUGGUGGUGCGCAUGGAGGCCGAUGCACUGCAGCAUGGCGAGGAGCACGAGCUGAAGAUCAAUCGCCUCAAGGAGAAGUACGAGAAGGAUCUGGUUCUGGCCGAGAGCGUGGAGAAGUCGCUGCGGGAGAAGUACGCGGAGACUCGCGGCAAACUGGCGGAGUCGGAUGCCCACGUGCGGAACAGCCAGGCGGAGGUGAAGCAACUCCAGCUGGAGCUCAGUCACAGCAAGAAGAUGUGCGGCGACAUCAUCAUGGAGCGGGACAGACUGCGGGAUAACCUCAAUGCGGACAUCCAGAACGAGCUGGGAGUGCUCAGUGAACGCCACAAGCAGGAGAUGGAUCAGCUUCAAAAGCGGGUCCACCAGACCAUCCAUCGACAGGAGGAGACCAUUGAGAUCCUCAAGGGGGACAACGAUGCCCUCAGACAGCAGUGCCUGAAACUAAACGCGGUCAUCAGGCAGCAGCGAAAGGAUUAUUGCGUCAAAUAGAUUGGAUUGGAGAUAAAACUGGGAAAACUAUGGAUAAACUAAACUAGCUUAUAAUCAAAUGUAUGGGAUCAACAAAACUGCUCAAAAAAACAAGCUUUGGGAUAUUAGUUUAAAGAUCAUUAAUAAAAAAUGAGUUCAUUAGGCUAAAAA